AUGACUCAAAAGGAUUACAGAGAGCAAUGCAGCUUUUUGGUUAGAUGCGAAGAAGCAUAUAACUUAGUCCAUGAUUUUCUCAACGACACUUUGCCCCAUGGAGUGAUCUCCCCACGAGCGAAAGGUUACACCUACCGACCCCAGCGCCGUCAGGUUGUGAAAGAGAAAGUCAAGAAGUCCUUAGAGGUUCUCGAAGCAUCUAUCGAACAACACAAUAUCGAAGAGAUCGCCAUAUCAUACAAUGGAGGUAAAGACUGCUUGGUCAUGCUCAUAUUGCUUUUAGCAGCUAUCCACAAGCGUUUCCUGUCCGAGAGUAACACUAACCCAACACUCAACUUACUACCUAAAAAUUAUAGACUUGAUUCCGUAUACAUUAAUUCCGAGGAGCCAUUUCCCCAGGUUCUGAAAUUUAUAGACGACUCGACAGAGUACUACAGCUUUAAGCUUUAUUUGAGCGAGAAGCCAAAGAUAAAAACCAUCGUUGUUGGUAUCAGGUAUGCUGACCCAUAUGGCUCCCAGUUGGAGUACGAGCAGGUUACUGAUCAUGAUUGGCCCAGCUUCCUCCGCAUCCAUCCUAUAUUGCACUGGCAUUACGUUGAUGUUUGGGACUUUAUUAUCGGAUGCGACUUGGAGUAUUGUCUGCUUUAUGAUAAGGGUUAUACUUCCAUUGGAGGGGUUGAUACAACUUCACCAAACGAAUUCCUUAAAAUCGGGCCAGAUUUUUUGCCUGCUUAUAUGCUCGAGGAAUAUGCCGAUGAAAGGGAACGUUUGGGCCGCCACAAGAAAACAUAG